UACUGAUCUAUUUUCAUGUUUGUUACUGAUUAUGCCACAUCAUGCUGAUUAUACACAAUGUGACACACCCGUCACGUUCUACAAGUUGCCCCACGCUUCUUGAUCUGCUCUGAACCGUUUUUGCUUUAAUCCACUCCGGGUUUUUCUUUUUUUUCUGUUGUCUGAUCCAUUCCUGAUUUUGCGGUUCUUUUUUUAUGUGAUCUAUCUCGGGGUUUCGUUUUUCCCGUUGGACUUUAAUCACAUCCAUUCCUUUCUGUACAGCUGGCUACUGCUGCGAUCCAGUCCGUGUUUUUAUGUGCACUCUGCAGGCUCCCUGACGCUUUCAUCCUCACUGAAUGAACUCAACACUCACCAUAAACGCAAAGUCAUACCAAACAACGGAGCCGGAGCGUGUGGAGCUACACUGACAUUAUUAAUAGUCUCACGGUCAUAUUUUUAAUACAGUGGGCUGAAAAUGGAGGUCAGUACCAUCGCGAAUUUGUUUAUCGAGCAUGCUACGACUCUGAAGAUGCAUACAGGGAACUUAGUGAACCGCUGUCGGCUCAAGAAUAAGUGUCCGUCUUCGCCAAGUGAAGAGCUUCAAGAUUGCAUCAGAGGAACACUUAGUGAGUGGCUUGAAACCUUACCCAGAACACCUGAACAUGAUUUGCCCAGUGCUCUGGACUGCACAAUAGCACAGAAUUCAGAAGUGAUCACACCAGAGGAGAGAGAGGAGCUGAGGGUGUCUGUCAAGCUGUUUCUCACAGAAUCUGAUUGCUCAUCUAUAAUGAAUGCCGUGGACAUGGCGUGCGUGUCAUUAGGUGUGUCUCAGCUGGAUUCAGUUAUCAUCGCUCCUCCGCCACUGCCCGAGGGCGAGACAGUGACCCUGGCUCACCUGCAGCCGCUGUGGGCCGAGCUGGAGAAAAUCGUUCAGAGCCAAAAAGCUGCUUCCAUCGGCACCUCAGAUCUGGAUAAGACUCAGCUAGAAGAGCUGUACAACUGGGCACAGGUUAAACCGAGCAGUAACCAGGUAAAUCUGGCCUCCUGCUGUGUGAUGCCUCCUGACCUCACAGCAUUCGCUAAAGAGUUUGACAUCCAGCUGCUGACUCACAAUGACUCGAAAGAGCUUCUGAGUUCAGCAGGAUUUCAGGAGGCCAUGCAGGAGAGCUGCAAGGACCUGCAGGUAGCAGAAUGGCAGCUCGAGUGGGUCUUGCGCUACUCCAUCAUCGUCAAGAGCCGAGGCAUCAUCAAAGCCAAGGGAUACCUCGUUCAUGCACGGAAAAGCACCAAAUAGCACCUCCUGAUCUGAGAGGAUCACGGUGCACUUUGUUCGUUUCUGGAAUUUCCAAAAUGCAUUGAUUUUUAGCUUGCUGUUAAGCUCAUCAAUGAAAUGUUUAUAUGUGAUUCAUACUUCAUCUUCAGUGACGGCUGAAAUUCAGCUGACCUCAAUCAUACUGUGAAAUAUUUUUCCAAGCGCUUGACCGUUUAUUCCUGAAAAUCUAAUCUGUUCAAUCUUUGUAUCGUACAUGUGUGCAGCCUGCAUCACGUGAAUGAUUUUACAUUCAUUUACAUGUUUUCAUUUUAUUCAGAUUUUUAUCAGUAAUUUUUGGAUUUCUUUUCAGAAAUGAAUGAAAAAGAAUUGUAUAACAUUGUAUAACACUGCGAUAGUGCUGAGAACUAAUUGAUGGGGAAGUGUCUAAAUUCUAGUUAAGUGGACUCAAGUAAUCUUACAUAAAAAGCUGUAUAUGUUUUGGAACAUGCAUAGUUUUACAUUGAGGCAAACAUUUGAUGCAGUUUUCUUGUACGUUUGACCUGGUAGUUAAGGGUGGUCCAGUUUACUAAGAAUUGGUUUUUACAUGAUGCUUCAUAAGUAUUAUUUUAUUUAGUUUGUCCUUUUAUAGAAUGUCUGUAUUAAAACCCUGUUGGUGCUUUGUGUCAUUCAUGGUGUGUAGCCUGAGCCUUAAAACAUGUGUGACAUGUGGCUACUUGUUAUUUCCUGAUUCUGAGACUCAAAAAGUUUUGCAUAUAUGAAAACUAGCAUGUGCUCAUUGUAUAUGUUCCAUAUAAGUUCCACACUAAGGAAACAAUUACUUUCUAUAUUAAAUUAAAACGAAAUACUUCUUUA